CUCAUCAUUCAUUGGAAAGAUUUUAUCUUGGAAAAUUAUGAAAUUUACUGCUAAUAAAACAAUUUAGGGGAAGGGCCCUCAACUGAAAGUGUGAGAUAGUGGGCCCUUUGAUCCGUUGGGUAUGGUUAAGGAGUACCUCUCUUCCGCCUAAUAAAUAGGCGCCAGCCGAAAUUUGACAAGACCAAAGCCCAUUCAAUUCCACCAGCUUCAGCUUCAAAUGCAAACAGAAUUCCAGUGAAGUGGACGCCAAGUAACGAAGCUCCAUUCCCACCAUAUUUCUUUUGCUCCCCCCAUUCCCAUAUCACAUUUAGCUACUUGUAACCAACCUCGCCAUCUCCUUCUCUCAAAAUAUAUCAUAGUUAUAACAAGGUUCACUAUAAUUGUCAACUUUCAAUAUUCAAUCUUGGUUUCUCUGCCAAAGUUAAUGAGCAUGGACGGUGAAGGGGGAGUUGUGAUGAUAAAGAGGGCAGAAAUCGAUACCAGGGCACCAUUCAGGUCGGUUAGAGAGGCCGUUGCCUUGUUCGGGGAUAAAGUUUUAGCUGGUGAACUUUAUGCCACCAAGCUCAAGGAGAUGCAUGGCGAAGCAAGUAGAAUUAAUGGUCCUUCCGAGCUGGGAACUGUUACAGCAGAGCUGGAGGCGACAAAACAUAACCUACAAAAGGCCAGAGAAGAGAGUAUGGCAAUGGCAAAUUGCCUCUCUUCUCUUAAAGAAGAGCUUGAACAAACAGAGAGAGAGCUGCAGCAAAUGAAGGAACGAGAAACCGAGAAACUAAUGAUGGAGUUUGAGAUCGCAGAUGUCAAAAUUGUCCCAGACUCGACAAAAUUUGAAGUCAAAAAAACACAAACAUGUAAUGAAGAACGAACAGAGUUUCAAAAGAAGAGAUACGUGACAUUUGCAAAUCCACCUGCUUUGGCUCAAGUUACUGUUCCACAAGGUGUCGAAAAACUGGAGAGACACCCUUCACUAAGAAAGAAGAAGAAGCCAUUGAUCCGUUUGAUUGGAGGGAUAUUUUCCAAGAAAAAAGGAAGCCCAGGAAUUGCAUCACCAAGAAGCCCCUGAAUUAUUCCAUACUUUGAACAUAAUGCUAUCAGCUCCAACAAUAAUUACCAACUAAAUUUUACAUCUUCUUUUUGUGAAGUUUCAUAUUUCAUUCAAUUUCUUUUGUAUACACUUCUUGCAGCGUAAGGCAUGGCUGUGGAUGUUUUAUGAGAGAGUUGUGUUAUGCAAU